AUGUACCCAAUCCGCUCAGCCGCGUCUCUAUUCAUCUCUGCACAUACCUGUACUGCUGCUCUCCACGAACACUCUCCAGACGCCGAUCUAAGGUUCAAGAGACGAUCAAGUACGGGGAAAAUGAAACGCAAAUUCACUCUCAGCAGCAUAUUCCCGGGCCAGAGUGUGGGCGUAAAAGGG